AUGGAAGAAGGCACACUCGAAGGGAACGCAAGGAAUCCCCCCUUUGACACUGAGCCCUAUGAAAAUUUAAUCAAACGGGAAAGAAGUGACAAUCCUAAUGGGAAUUGCCACGAAGGGAAGGAAGCCAGUAACAGCGAUGGCGCAGUGAAGAGAAAUAAUACCCCCAAGGGAGGAGAAAACAAAUGGACGAAAAAUGAACAAAAUAAAUGUAUCAUAUUUUCUACCCUGCUAAGAUAUAAAAAAUAUUUAACGAAAAAAGGGAACACUUACUUUGACUUCAAUCAGACAAACUUAAAGUUGAACGAGAAGGAGCUCCUACUUCAGAGCAGCAACUACUUUCACCUCUUUGACAUAAGUUCUCUCUUCUAUCCCCAUGUGUACGUUAAUGUAAAUUCGCACAUGAGUAUUAACAUAUCGGAUUAUUUGAAUUACCUGAAGAGGCCAUCCCCUGAUUACAUCACAGGGAAGGAUUCUCCAGUGAAGAACUCCUCAGUGGACGCAAAUGAAGUUAUGCAGUACGCCACCCGGCAGGAGUUCAUUUUGGAAGCCAUCCAAAAGGUGGAGCACAUAGAAGUGUUUAAAAAAGUGCAGCUCGUGAAGAAGCUACUCCUCACGGUGAACAGGGAGGUAGCCCAGAAGGUCCAGACCUACGUAGACAACAUCCCGGAAGUCAACCCAAACGACUACAUCUUCGUGCAGACCAACCGACAAAAUGAUCUCCUCUUUGGCUACGUGAAAAGUAGCAAGUUUAAUUUAAUUUUCGAAAUUUUUAAUUUUAAAAAUUUUUUUAAAAAAUGCCACAACGAUAAUGUAGACGUAACUAUACAUGAGGUGAAGGACAAAGCAUCCGAUGGAGGAAGUUUUGUUGAGCGGGUUGGCACAGAAGGAGGAAUAUAUCUAAAGGAGCAGUCCAUUCGUGUGAUGAGGGAUGUUUAUGAGAAUGUCAAAUUUUGUUCCUCCCACUACUGCUAUUAUUACUUCUUUAAAAAUGCCCCUGUGGACCCCCCCCCAAAAAAUGAGAAGCAAUGUGUGAACGCUGGAGAAGCCGUCCCCAACUUGGACGAAAUGGAAACGCACAACAAACACUUUAACCUGAACGAGACAGACAAAAAUGUAUUCAAAAGAAAUACCUUUUUUAUACACCACUUGUAUGACCAGUUAAAAUGUAAAAUCUUGAGUUUUAUCAGUUUUGUGAGCUUCCCCCCAAAUGACUACAUAGCAGACAUUCAUUUAACCAAACUGAAGAGGUGUACUUCUUCUUCCCCAGGGAGUUACUCCUUCAGCGUGUAUUGCAUAUCUAACGGAGGGGUCGUUUAUAUUUUUAUUUGUACCAUUAUGAUGAGAGAAAAAAACAUUUGUGAGGAAUCGUUCCAGUUGGACGUGUCCAAGUAUUACCAUUUCGAGUUAAGGAGGAAGGACACCUACCACAGGAUCAAAGUUGUUAAGUGCAGCUUGGGGUUUCUUCACGCUCUCUGUGGGGGAGGACCCCAAAGGCGCACAAAGAAGAAAGGCAACCGAAAGAGGAACAACUCACGAGGGGAGCAGCUCGUGUCGAACAACAAAUCGGAAAUACCCCACACCUUACAGGAAGAACCGGUUGCACGGGUCCAAAGUGACAAUCUUCAUAAAGAGCGAGGGAAUAUAAUUUCCUCACGGACCAGCUCAGAUGGAGGGGAACCCACCCGUGGAAGCAGCCAAAUGGAAAAGUACAAAUACCUCUUCCUCAUAAUAACGAGCAAGUGUGACCUCUUCAUUGUCACCUUCAGGAGGAAGAAAAAAGGAGGGGACAUAGAAUUGGUAAAUUAUUCCUGCACGAAUAGCAGCAACGCUAAUCAUGUCAUCCGGGGUGUGCUGGUCAAUAAGCACCAUUUUGAGAAGGCCGAUGAGGGGGAAAACAGAUCAAAAGGGAAAACUACCAUUGGACACACCAACGGACGUAUACAUCACCAUAUGAAACAAACAAAUAGAAGCUGCUCAGUAUUCGAGCUGCUGUGCUACUUCCAAAACGGGGACGUAAAGAAGUACAACUUUGUGUGCACCGCGAAGGAACAACACCUGGAGUUUUUUCUCACCAAAAAUGAAAUGCCCAGGGGGGAACUCCUAUGCAAGAAGCAAUUCUUCAUUCCGAUUCUGUUCCCAUUUAAUGAGGAAGAGAAGCAAUUUGAGAAUGUUGGCCUCUGCGUAAAUGGCCAGUGCCUAGUUAUCACGUAUGUGAAGUCCUUCUGUAAGUUGCUGCGGCAGAUACGCUCAGUGAUGGGGCGGGCCAUGAUCUCCCACGAUAAAAUGGAUACCCUCCAAAUGGGAAGAAAGAGCAACUCCAGAAGCAGCGACGCAGCAGACGAAGCAGACGAACGAACCAACUUCCUAGGAGGGGAAACCCUGAACGGGAAUUUAUUCACACACAGGGAACAUAAGACGCACUUCUGGGAGUACAAGUAUAUCCUGUUCGGCUUUUACGAUUUAUUUUUAAUAAACCAAAAUAACAGCAGCGGCAACGUUAGCGGUAAUGUUAGCGGUAACGGUGGCAACAACCUUGACCCCGGGGUGAGCGAAAAGGAGAAAAGCAAACACACCAACAACGCAAUGAGCGCAUACGAUGCACACAGCCAUUUUAAUUUCCUGAAUGUAGUAAAGGACUACCUGUCUUAUGAUAACCUUGUUGGGUGUGUCUCUGACGCCCCAUCCAGGGAAAACCAUAGGAAGAUUAAAAUGAAUUUUUACCACUUCCUCCAAACGUUAAUGCAUUUUCAAGCAAAUUACGUCAGUGAGGGUAACUCCUUCUUCCACCUAAUAUUUAACGAACUUUUCCAGAAAAGUGUUCACCCUGCUGGGGGCAAUCCAGUGGGGAGGAAGACCUUCUCUCUUCUGCUGGAUCCACUAGUAGAUAUAAGAACCCACUUCUGUGUUCUGUUUUCCUUCUUCAUUCACAUGUACAAUUUUUGCUUGAAGCAAAACGGCAUCAGUAGUGACUCCUUCAGUUCGCACAUUACCUAUUUUCUCAUAAACAAAAAGACGCGUAGGAAUAGGAAGCGGUUCAGGUACGUAUACACGCCGGAGUUGCCCCAAGGGGAAGGCAAAACUGUUCAUACAGAUAAUGGUGCGGAUCAACUGGCGGGCCAAAAGGAAGGCCUUCACAUGAACCCCCAGACGGAAGUGCAGGUGAACCUACUCACCAUGCGUAAGUGCCUGUACUACAUAAGCAAGGCAAAAAAAUAUUUGCAAUCCAUAUUUGGAGUCGUGGUGGGGAAUGAAUUCACAGAGGGUGUUUUUUUUUCCCUCCAUUUGUACACAAAUUUGUACCUCUGCCAAGUCCUCUACAUUAUGCUUAACACGUUGCGAAUAAAUAACACAAACCUUUUUGUGAAUGUAAAUUACAACCUGAGGAAAAAUAACCUGGACUACUUCUACCUCCUCAUCCUGCUCAAUUUUUAUGGCCUCCACAAUAUUUUGAUUUCCCAUGGUGGGGAUCAGAACCCCCUCAGUGGCGACGGAGAAGAAGAUCUGCACCAAUUCUUCGAUCAUAUUUUUCAAAAAAAAACUAUUCCCAAUGGAGGCAAAACAGACAAUGAGCGAAUGGAUAGCAUCGAAAUAGAUCAGGACACAUUUGAAAGACACCAAGUGCUGAUACACCACUUUAUAGGAAGAAUAAUUAGCCACUUAAAGGAUGACCACUAUGCGGUUGAGCGAAUUUAUUUUAAAAUAAACUGCGUUCUUUGUGGAAAGGUAUGCGUCUCCAAUUUGUACAACCCUUAUUACAUCUGCGAGCAGAAGCACAUUUUUAACAAGUGCAUGGUUACUCUAUGUUGCAUUGGCAAGAGUAGCCUCAUCAUCCCGACUGUUUACCUUUCCCGUGAUUUAACUAAGCCACUUUUUGAAGAACCCAUCGGUACUUUACAAUUCAAUUUGAAAGUACAAUUGGACUGUACGUACUUCUGCUCCUUUUGCCAUUUUUUUAUGACCACCCAGAAUAGCUUCUUCACGAAGCACUUCCUUUUUAAUCAGUGUCCCUUUUGCAAUCACGAUUUGGUGGUCGUGUGA